AUUAUUUAAAAGAUUAAAUAAACUUUUUAAAUAAAAGACACCAAAGCUUUUAAAAUGCGUGGAAGUACAGCGGGUUUAACAGUGUCGGGUAAAGGGAAAUCACCAGCACAUUAUGCAUUAUUAUCGGUACUCGAUUCAAGUCUUGCAAUUUUUAUAUUAUCACCAGCGGUUGUUGGUUACUGGCGUGCUGUAUGGGAAUUAAUGUCAAUUUAUGUUUAUCCCGAAGAUCCAUUUACAAGUGCAUUAGUAUCGGUUAUAUUUGGUUUUAGUGGGCAUAUUAUUGCUGGAUUAUAUCAAAAUAAUUUUGAAAAAUGGUUGGAUCCAGAUAAAAGACGUUUAACAUACUUAAUUGGUUCACGACUUUAUACGAUUAUAUUUGCAUGUGCUUGCGUUAAUACAUGGCGUGGUAUUUGGUUAUUGCUGGAUACGUAUAUGGAAUCAGAAAUUCUUUUGUUAACAUCAUUAAUUGCUAGUGUUGUGGCGUUAAUUUUAAUGCGUUGUACACGAAAUUUAUUAGCGGUACCAUUUUGUAUAGUAAAUGAUAGUGUUCAAUCUUACUUUGAAAUACCUACUUUUUAUCGGGUGCCGAGUUGCGAAAAAAAUCGACCCGCAUAUGUCUUGGAUUGUCUUUUUUCUGUAUUCGUUAUUGGAACAUUGGUGGUUUUCGUUUGGAGAGGCGCUUGGGUUAUUUGCGACAUUUAUUUAUAUCCGGAUGAUGAAGGAUCAUCGGCAAUCGGCAGUGUGAUAUUGGGUUAUAUCGUUACCAUAUCAGCAUUUUUAAUUCAACCUUUAAUGAAAUGGGUUUGCGAGAAAACAACUGGUUUACUAAGACUAUGCAUAGCAGACAUUUAUUUUUUGUUUGCUUUUAUUGGGACUGUAAAUGUAUGGCGUGGUAUAUGGAACGUUUUGAAUCUGUAUUAUUUACCAGAUGAUCCAGAAUUAAGCUGUUGGUCCACACAUACAAUAUUCCUAAUAUUAUUGAUAUUAUUAAAAUGUUCCAAUUCAGUAUUAGUGCGUGGUGUAUAUAUUGAUGCUGAAGAACCCGAUGGUAAAUGUGUUGUAUUUCCAUGCUAUUAUUUACGCUUGUAUUUCCAAAAUGAACGUAUUAAAAAACAUUGUUUACAAUUACAAUCGUUACGUCGUAAAUCUGAUAUUAGUUGCGGUGAUUUUACAAAAGUUAAAUCAAUGCAACAUGAGACAACAGCACAUUUAUGUACAUGUCACAUGACAAAUGAAUCCGUUACAAAUCAUAUUACUGUCAAUAUACCAUUAAUGAAUCCAAUCAAAGAAUGUAAUAUUAAUGAUAACCAUGAUGCUACGUUAUAAGAAAACAAUGACAAUUUUAUCCAAAAACUCAUCUGUAAAAUAUAACAAUCUUUGAUUUGAAUAAAAAGUUAUUGUGGAAAUAACUUUGCGAUUUCGAUUUGAUUACGAGUGAUGAUGGAGUUUCCAUGAGAAGAGUCAACAAUAUAAAUGCUGGUAUACUCGAAUUUAAAAACUGAUCUGAAAGUAUUGGAAUAAUUUGUGAUUAAAAGUACUCCUUAAACUUAAAGAAUGUUGUUAUUUUAAGGACGUUCCC